GACUUUGGGCAUCAGUUCAAGUCCUUGGUAGGUACCUAGGUAUUCAUCCUCGAGGGCUAGGUAAUACCAUGCCUCCUCGGAACACAGAACACAGAAAUAAUGAGUGAGAAGACAACCGAAGCCGACCGGCCGCAACCAACGCCGGUGCUCACCAACGACAAAUGGGUCGCUGCUUUGGGGACUCUGAGCGAGGAGGAUCGUGAGAGAUUCACUUUCGCCAAAACGGGACAACGAAGUGCUCGAGACGUUCUGGCCGACGUCCUGGAAGCGACGAGACGAAAAAAGAAUGAGUGCAUAAAAAAGCGAUGGAGAGUCGUCGUCCGAGGUCGCUCGAUAAUACUACGAGACGUGCUCGAGAAGAUAUCGGUUUGGGUCAGCAAAGUCGUAAAAUUCGGCGAUAUUGCUAUCCAAUAUGACCCUGGCCAAGCGGCCCUCCCCUGGACGGCAAUUCGCCUGAUCCUGCAGGCGACUGUGAACGACGUCGAGGUCUUCGGAUGGAUUCUCGAUUCUAUCGAAAACAUCACCAAUCUGCUUGCAACCUGCGCGAUUUUCGAGUUGCGAUACCUAUCAAAUCCUAAUUCCAAGAGUCUCGAUACAUCGGAUCAGAUCAACAAUGCGCUGAUAUCUCUGUACGCAAAUAUCCUACUGUAUUUGUCCGAAGUCAUUCGCUACUACGCCCAGGGCUCCGCACUUCGCUUUGUAAAGAGCGUAGUAUCGCCCGUUGCUAUAUUCGAAGCCAAAUAUGCGCCUAUACGGUCGGCACGAGCCGAGACGUGGUUACUUGCUCAACUCGCGGAGGCGGAAAAGUCGGAGCGGACCCAGGCCAGCCUCGACAGGAUCGAGAGUUGCCAGGACUCUACAGCUACGGCCCUGUUUGAGACUCUUGGGGAUGCCUUGCGAGAACUCCAACAACCUAUCUCCCGCGCCAGCAUUCAGCUCGCUGAAAUUCAAGACGGCCUAGAGCGCGAAACACGCACCCGUAUCCUCAGGAGCAUCUCGUCGAUCCCUUAUAGCAUGCAUCAAAAACACGCCAAGAAGGGCCGCUUAGAGGGCUCUGGUCAAUGGCUGCUCCGGAAGCCCGAGUACAAGUCCUGGCGCCAGUCCAGUACCUCUUCCGUCCUCUUGCUCCACGGCAUACCGGGAAGUGGAAAGACCAAGCUCACGUCUUUGGUGAUUGACGAGCUACGCGGCCACGACAACAUCGCCUACUUUUACUGUAUGCGAAACCCCGCAGAACCGCAGAGGGGCAGAGGCGAUCAGAUAUUAGCCAGUCUAGUUCGUCAACUGGCCGGCGUGUCCUCGGACCAGCCCAUCCUAGCCCCGGUGGUUACGCAGUAUGAAGAUGCGGUUUCCGGCCUCUGCGAUUUUGAGGAUCAAGUUUGGACCGCCGACGAGUGUGGAAGAGUUCUCUUGGAGCUGAUGGAGGAGUACCCGGCAGCCACCAUAGUCCUCGACGCCUUGGACGAAGUCAACCAGGAGGACCGGCAGGAACUGCUGGAUAUUCUCAGUUGGCUGUUGGAAAAGUCCCCUAAUCUCCUCAAGAUGUUUAUUUCGAGUCGAGACAACUAUGAUAUUGCCCUCCACUUUGAGAGCUCUCCAAAAAUAUACAUCGACGCCGAUGACAACGCUGGUGAUAUCUCGUCCUUUAUCGACGACCGGUUAAACUCAGCCAGGCUGCUUCAUAACCGGCUACCCAAGGAUCUCGAGGCCGAAAUCCGCGAGACGCUGCUCAGGGGCGCCAGAGGCAUGUUCCGAUGGGUAGAUCUCCAAAUCCAAUCCCUUCGCCCACUCAAACUCGCUGCCGACAUCGAAGCCCGCCUCGGCGUAUUGCCACCCACCCUAGAGGGGUCGUACUGGGAAAUCUACCAAGCCAUCCACGAAUCCGGCGAUCACGCCGCCGCCCUCGCAGAUAUCACUUUCCGAUGGUUAAUAUUCGCGCAGGAUACCGUGACCGCUGAGGUGUUUGCCUGUAUCGCGUCCUCUACGAUGCAGCAACUAAAAACGACGACGGCGGUGGCAGCAGGCGUUGGUGCUGCCGAAGUCAUUGACGUCUGCUCCAACCUCGUCACAUCGAGGAACGGCUCGUUCGAGUUUGCCCAUUUGUCUGUGCGAGAAUUCUUUGAGGGCGUCUACAAGCGCGGCGUCGAUCGAUUCCUGCCCAUCAAUGGCAACAGCUGCAUCGCGACCGCUUGUCUCCGGCAUCUACACACCCACAUCAAGACCCUGGGGCCCCAGCUCAUGAAACAAGACGAGGAGCACGAUGACGUGCAAUUCGUCACGCUUUACGAUGCAACCGAGCCGGAUGGCAAUACCAACACCACCGUGACUACCAUCACAAAGGACGAGACAAACCCCGCCGAGGCCCCGCAGCCCCAACCUCAACCGCCGCCACCGCCGCUGCCGCCCCCGCUGCAGAUCAGCAAGCCUCGACCACCGCCGGACAGCGCUUCCACAGCCCUCUCUCGCGAGAUCAAGGCCGUCCGCUACGCCGCCCGGUUCUGGGUGCACCACGCCUGCGAGAGCGGGGAGAUGCGAACCAGAGACCCGCUGGCGGCGGCGAUCAGGGAGUUUUUGGGUAAGGGGGCGGUUGGCGUCAGCUUUCGGGUCGGGGGUGAGUUCGAGGUGUGGUGUCGGGUUGUGCAAGACAUAUUGAAGCGGGAGAAAUAUGAAGCGGGCCGUGAUGAGAAGCAGUUCAAUCUGCUGAAGGACGCGACGGAGGAGCCGGCGAACCCCUUCUGGCUGGCCUGCCUGUACGGGUGGCAUGACCUGGUCGACUUUCUCAUCGAGUGCAAAUACGAGCAUGUCGACGAGCCGCGACGCCUCGACAGCCUGGACAACCGGGAGAAGUAUUCCUUUUCGGGGUCCAAGGUCUCCCCCCUGAUCUAUGCCAUCCUGGAUCGCAGGCUCGUCCUGAUCUCCAAGAUGUGGUCGUAUUCCGAGGCGUCGCUGCUCAAGGCCUCCCUGCUCCAGCCCAAAGACAAGCCCAAAUUCAAGCCGUUGGUGAAGGCGGCCGGGCAGGGCGACGCGGAGCUUGUGGCUCUGCUGCUGAGGAUGGAGCACGGCGGGUUGGAUGUCGAGGGCGAAGCCUUCGCUACGGCGGCGAGCAACAACCACUGCGAGACGAUGGAGAUGCUUCUCGCUCACGAGCCCCGGGCCCUGUCCGGGGCCGGCAACCAUGCUCUGCGGGAAGCCUGCGUGGCGGGCCACACGGACGCCGUCACGUUUCUCCUAGACCGGAACGUCCCGCUUAUGAAUGUCGGUUUGCACCUCUGCCGCGCGGUGUUUAUGGGGCAUCACGAGGUGCUGAAGAUCCUGCUGGAGAGAAAUCUCGGACGUGACAGCGUCUCCAAGGCACUGAUCAUAGCCGUGUCCCACGACGACCAAGCCUCUACCGACCUGCUCCUCCGGUACGGCGCCGAGAAGGAACCGCACGCGGUCACGCGGGAGGCCAAGCUCGGCAACCGUGGCACGGCCGUCCGGCUCAUCGAGGCCGGGUACGACAUCCGCGGCCGGUACCUGGAGAAGCAGCGGACGGCGCUGCACUAUGCUGCCGAGGGGGGAUACGAGGACGUUGUCCGUGCGCUCUUAUCCGCCGGCGCCCCGGUCAACGUGCGCGACGGGAACCAGAAGACGCCGCUCCAUCUUGCGGCGGAGCGAGGGCGUGCUGCGUGCGUCGGGCUCUUGCUCGGCCACGGGGCAGAGGUCCUCGCUAAAGAUGCCGGGGGGAGGAUUCCACUUGAUCUCGCCCAGGAGAGAAACCACAAAGCGACGGAAACGCUUAUUAGGGCUGGGAUGAUGAAGUUGAUGGGGGACUUGAUAGAAAAGCAGUAGUAGGGGAUGAUUAGAAGCCUUGGAUAGCCUUUUUGCCGGCUACAUACCAGCCAGUGUGUCUUGGGGUAGUAGGUAAUUCUACUAAUGUGGGUUGAAUGAGGACGUGUUCUCCAAGUACAGCGCCCUCGGUCCCUAGAACCACAGUGGCAUGCAGCAUAUCAAACACUCUGGAGAUAGGGGUGGGGAAUUGCAAAUCGGGCUAUCCCCCAAGCAUGUGCUUGAAUUCAGCCUCCGGUAUUCCCAUAAGCAUUCCCCAACGAUCCGGAAAUCAAGGCGAUAAUUGUACUGUAGAAAGCGUACGCCCUGCCGCACG